UGGUGGAUAUGAUCGCUGAAGUUGUCAUUUCUCAAACCUAUACAAACGUCGAAAACGAUACGAUUGAGGCUAUCUAUAAAUUUCCAAUUCACGAAGCUGCGGCGGUAUGCUCUUUUGAGGCUGAAAUUGAUGGUAAAACAAAGGUCAAAGGCAUUGUUAGAGAAACGGAGGAGGCUGUAAAAGAAUACAACACUGCUAUUCAGGAAGGUCAUGGUGCUUUUCUAAUGAAUAGUCAACUUCCUGAUGUGUUUGAAUGUAUGGUUGGGAAUAUUCUUCCAAAACAGACCGUAGUCAUCAGCAUUACUUAUGUUACGGAACUUAAACAUGACGCAGAAACUGAGAAAAUUCGUUUCGUGCUUCCCACUUCAAUUGCUCCAAGAUAUGGAAGUGGCCUCUCAGGAAUUCCUUCGUUUGCAAGCAAUUUGCCUCUUGUCAACACUGUUGAACCUACUAAUCAUUUAUCGAUUUCCGUUACGUGCCGAAUGACAUCUUUCAUUACAAGUAUUGAAUCACCAUCACAUUAUAUAUCUACUGAAUUAAAUAUUGAUGGAAACCCAAAAAUUUCUAGAGUUACUUUGAAUGAGCAGGCAAAUUAUUUAGAAAAAGAUUUCGUGUUAGUCAUUAAAAGUCAAGGUCUUGAUCAGCCAAGAGCAUUUGUUGAAUAUAAUCCAGUAACCGAAACGAAUUGUGUUAUGUUAACCUUGGUUCCAAAAUUUGCUAUCAAUCCGAUUUUAACUGAAUUGAUAUUUGUUGUUGAUAGAUCUGGCUCUAUGCAUGGUGCUCCUAUUAAAAAGGCUGCUCAGGCGCUUGAAUUAUUCUUACGAUCGCUCCCAGAAGAUUCAUAUUUCAACGUUGUAUCAUUUGGUAGCAAUUAUGAUUCACUUUUCCCGAAAAGUCAACCUAAUUCUCAAUCUGCGAUAUCAGCUGCUCUUUCGCUUGCUCAAAACAUGGCUGCAAAUUAUAAUGGAACCGAAGUUUAUCAAUGUUUGAAAUGGGUUUUUGAAAACAAGAGACAUGAUAUGCCAACUGCCGUAUUUCUUCUCACUGAUGGUAGUGUUUGGAAUGUAGAUCAAAUUGCUGAAUUAAUUCGAUCAAAAGUAGAAGAAAACAAAGACCUUCGACUAUUCUCUUUGGGUAUCGGAAGUAAUGUAUCCCAUAAUUUAGUAGAAACUGUUGCGCGUGCUGGAAAAGGAUACGCUCAGUUCGUAACCGAUUGUAAUGAUGG